AAAGCAGUAGCUGGACAACCUGGUUUGCCUGGGCCACCAGGACGACCAGGAACGCCGGGACAGAGUGGACAUCAAGGAAAAGUCGGCCUGCAAGGACCACCUGGACAACAAGGUAAGCAAGGACCAGACGGUAUCCCAGGAGAACCUGGCAGUGAAGGACCAGCUGGACCGCCUGGGCCAGACGGAGCUUACUGUGCAUGCCCGGAUCGGGUGAAGAUUCUCUCUGAAUUGGUACCAUAUUCUAACGGUGAUUAUGAAAUUAUUGAUGCUGAAAAUUCUGGUGACGCUGACGACGCUUCUGGAGCAUCUGGUGAAAAUGAAGAAGUCAUCAAUGUUUGA